AUGCUGCGGACGUUGACGGCAAAACUUAGGAAUGCUCAUCCUUCGAAUGUUCGGAGCUUUCGUGCGGCCUCCUCACAGAGCGAUACAAUGAAAAGCUCUUCAAGUCGCCAUAAUAUAGUUUUAAUUGAUGCUGUUCGUACUCCAUUUUUGCUUUCCGGAACAUCAUUCAAAGACAUGAUGGCAGUCGAUUUGCAGAGGAACGCUCUUCUUGGUUUGAUUGAAAAAACCAAAAUUCCAUUGAAAGAAGUCGAACAUAUAGCGUGUGGUACAGUCAUUCAAGAAUGCCGCACCAGCAACGUGGCUCGAGAAGCUGCCUUAACUGCUGGCUUUCCGAAUAGUAGGUCUGAGGAGAUCCCAGCUCAUACUGUCACUUUAGCAUGCAUCUCGUCAAAUGUUGCCAUGACAAAUUUAAUAACGAUGAUGCAGAGUGGCAAUAUUAAAGUUGGUAUUGCUGGAGGUGUGGAGCUCCUAUCUGAUGUACCAAUUCGUUAUAACAGGAAGGCACGUUCAGCUAUGUUAUCAAUACAGAAAGCUAAAAAACCGUUAGACAAGGCUAAAGUAGGCUUUGAAAUUAUCAAAAACUUUUUUGUUCCUGAACUUCCUGCUGUCAGUGAAUUUACAUCGGGAGAAACUAUGGGAAAGAGUGGUGAUAGGCUAGCUGCGGCGUUUGGAGUGUCACGGAGGGAGCAAGAUGAAUUCGCGAUUCGGUCUCAUACUUUAGCUGAUAAAGCUACUAAAGAAGGAUUGCUUACUGAUGUAAUUCCAGUUUUUGUGCCUGGAAAAAAGCCGACUAUUGUUCGAAAGGACAAUGGAAUAAGGGUGUCAUCCAUGGAGAAGAUGCAAAAGUUAAAACCCGCAUUUGUAAAGCCUCAUGGAACGAUCACUGCAGGGAAUGCUUCGUUCCUCACUGAUGGAGCAUCAGCAGCAUUGUUGAUGACCGAAGAUUACGCUUUGAAUCAUGACAUUGACGUUUUUGAACUACAUGAAGCUUUUGCUGGGCAGUUACUUGCGAAUUUGAACGCACUCGACUCUGACUUUUUUUGCAGAGAAAAGUUAAAUAGGAUUAGGAAGUUUGGAAGAAUUCCUAUGGAAAAAUUAAAUUUAUGGGGCGGUAGUUUAUCUCUUGGACAUCCAUUUGGUGCUACAGGAGUUCGCCUUGCUUCACAUGCGGCUAAUAGAUUGCGAAAAGAAAAGGGAAAGUACGCUGUAAUCGCGGCGUGCGCGUCUGGCGGUCACGGCGUUGGUAUGCUCAUCGAGACUUAUCCGGAAAAGUAA